AUGAAUUUGAAAAAUAAUGAAGCUGGCGAAGAGCCAAAAAAUAUAUCUAUUUCACCUGAUUUUUUAUGGCUUUGCCAAGAGUUAUUCGUAAAGAUUGAUGAAAUUUCGAAAAACAAUACGAAAAAUUUAAGUAAACCUAUUUAUAUCCUAUAUUACGAAAUUAUUGAACGGUUUAUAAAUCUUUGGAGAAACACUGUGGGCAAUGAUAUUUAUCCCGCAUUGAGAUUGAUCCUUCCUUAUCGAGAUAGAACAAUUUUCAAUAUCAAGGAAAUUACAUUAGCAAAAGCAUUAUGUCUCUGGCUUAAACUACCCGGAAAUUCUAUCACUGAGAAAAAACUUCUUCAUUGGAAGGAAUAUGCUUCUCGUGGUGACAAGUUAUCCAAUAUAUGUGUUGGUGAAAUAAGUAAGAGGAGAAGUGAGUAUACUCAGAUAUCUGAAAAUAAGAAGUUUACGAGGCCAAGCCGUAUAUCAAUUGAUGACUUAAAUUCAAAGCUGGAUCAACUAUCACUGGAAAGAAAUUCAAAGGAUCGGGGUUAUAAAUCCCUUGCAAACUCUGAAGUAUUUCAAUAUUGCAUGCAUAAUAUGUCUUUUAUUGAAAUGAAAUAUUUUUUCGAUAUCUUGUUGAAGAAUAGAGUAAUAGGUGGACAAGAACAUAAAUUUCUCAACUGUUGGCACCCAGAUGCAAGGGAUUAUUUAAGUGUCGUGUCUGAUUUACGAGUACUAACGAAGAGAUUGUGGGACCCCAAGGUAAGACUAGAACAGGAUGAUUUAGCAAUAAGAAUAGGUUAUGCAUUUUCGCCCCAACUAGCCAAGAAAGUGAAUUCAUCAUAUGCAACUGUUAGUAAAAAAUUAUCAAAUAACUUCCUGAUAGAGGAGAAAAUGGAUGGAGAAAGGAUACAGAUGCAUUAUAAGAAUUAUGGAACAGAAAUAAAAUUUUUAAGUAGACGUGGAACGGAUUUUACAUAUUUGUAUGGCAGUGACUUAGAUAGUGACACUGUAGCAAAAUAUUUAAAACUUGACAUAAACGUUAAGAAUUGCAUCCUAGAUGGAGAAAUGGUCACAUUUGACAAAGGACGGGGUAUUGUGCUACCGUUCGGGAUUGUAAAGGGUAGUGCAAAGGAUGUCUUAACCCAGAAUGAUGUUUCAAGUGAAGGAUUUUCUCCAAUGUAUGUAGUAUUUGAUUUAUUAUUCAUCAAUGAUACACCAUUAACAGAAUCUCCUCUCCACCAAAGAAAGGACUACCUCACAAAAAUAUUAACAGAAGUCCCUCACCAUAUUGAGAUUAUCAAUACUGUUAAGUGUGAUAAUGAGGAGCUAAUAAAAUCUUCAUUAGAGAAAGCGAUCUAUUUGGGCUCAGAAGGUAUUGUUUUAAAGGCUUAUAAUAGUAAGUACUCUGUGGGCAGUAGAAAUGAUAGUUGGAUUAAAGUAAAACCAGAAUACUUAGAACAAUUCGGUGAAAAUAUGGAUUUAAUCGUAAUGGGAAGGGAUUCAGGUAAAAAAGACUCCUUGAUCUGUGGCCUGAUUGAGUAUAAAAAUGAUGAUAAGUUAAAAUCGCUGCAUAUAAUUGAGGUUACUUCAGCAGACGAAAAUGAUACUGACCAAACAAUUGGGAACAAACCUAAGGAACUGAAAUGUGUAAUGUCCUUUUGUACAAUUGCAAAUGGUCUAUCACAGGAAGAAUUUAAAGAAAUAAGCAGAAAGACAAGGGGUAAAUGGAACCGUUCAGAGGUUACGCCACCACCCACUGAACUUUUAUUUGGAACAAAAAUCCCUGUUGAAUGGAUAGACCCCCGAAAUUCCGUUGUUUUAGAGAUAAAGGCUAGAUCUCUCGAUAAUACUAGCACAAAAUCACAUAGAUACAAGGUUGGAUGUACCAUUUUUGGAGGAUACUGCCGUCAAGUUCGAUACGACAAAAAUUGGAGGGAUUGUUACACUUACAGUUCAUUCCAAGAUGAUAGAAUAUCGAAACAGAACCAAUAUAAGAGAACCAAUCACCACCAGUUAGUCUCUCCAAAGAAGAGGAAGCAAACUAAAAACUAUGGGAUAUUAAGCUCUUUUCAGAACAGGACAGUGGAUAUUAUCAAAAAAACAGAUAUUUUUACGAAUAAUUCAUUUUACGUAAUGACUGACUACAUUAAUGAAUAUGACAACAAACGAACUUCAAAGGAAGACAUUAUUGAUAUGGUUAUAGAAAAUGGUGGGAAAAUUGUGUACAAUAUCUUGCUAAAAGAAUGGGAUUAUAAGUAUCUACGCAUUAUAGGAAAUCUAUACACAAACGAAUGCAAAACUUUGUCCAAAAGAGGAUACGAUAUAAUAAGUGCGAAAUGGAUACUCGACUCUAUCAAUAAUAACCGUGCAAUAAAACUAGAACCAGACCACUGCUUCGAUGUCUCAGAGGAGUUGAGCGAUUUAGCCAACCUGAGAGUUGAUAAAUUUAAGGAUAGCUACACUUCAAUAUUAGAUGAUAGUUCUGUAUUAAAAUGCAUAGAGGAUAAUAUGGAUUCAGUCCAAGACGCUGACAAUUACGAGUUGUAUUAUAGUAUUCCGCAAUUCCUUUUCUAUAAAAGGGUCAUAUUUGUGGUACAUGAUGCAACAUAUAAUCCGCACGUUUAUGAAUUACAGACCAAGAUCAGACUUUUUGGUGGGGAAACGACAGAUGACCUUGAUGCCUGUAAUUUGGUUGUUAUUGGUAUAGGGUAUUCUAUCGACAUAACUAAAGAAGUUAGGAACAUUCGGUAUAGUAUUUCAAAACGUGUCCACGCAACUUCUCAUACCCCUUUAAUACCUUAUAUCGUUAACAGUAAUUGGAUACAAAACUCUAUUGAAAGGAAUGUUCAGCUACCUGAAGAAGAUUUUCCAUAUAUUGCUACAUAA